AUGGACAAGGGGCGUGAAAGUAUUCGCAAGGCCGAUAACGAUCACGCUAGGACUAUAUUCAUGAGCGCUGCAGAGCUUUCUGCUGCCCUGGUUGCUUUUGACGACCACACGCAGGGUCAGUAUUGGAAGGAAGUGCUAGGGGCGAGAACGGAACUUGCAUUGACGCUAGGCAACGCGACUGAGAUGGCCAUGCGAGAGAAGCACUGGCAGCAGGCAUUUUAUUUCGGACCCGGUGCUGAGAACAUUCCAGCCAUCGAGCAUUUGGAUGCCAAUAUUAUUGCGGAAAAUGAGCGGCACGUCGAGCAAGCGAGGAUUGCGAAUUUUGCAAAAUAAAAGCCAUCUAGCAUUAACAUGUGA